UUCUAAAAUGGCAUAUAAUAUGCAAUUAUUAAUUGUAACAAUUUUGUUGUCCAUUUUUAUACAGAUAUAUCGGUCAGAGUUUGUUGAAUGCAAUUUCAAAGCCAAUGACUGCGGUAUAGUCAAUGGUCCCGACAUGAAGACCAGAUUCGUGUACGGCUUGGCCACUAUCGGCGGUCGCCAACAAAAUAUGCUAGUCUUGGACGUCAGAAGCGCCAAAACUACUGGCGCUCGACUGGUAACUCCUUACUACAAAACAAAAGGCCAACUAUAUGGUUGUCUACGCAUAGAAUGGUAUUCUUACGGCUCCGAUAGCCAGACUCUUUCGGUAACACAACAGGACAAACGCGAUCGUAAACUAUGGUCGUCGAGUGCUAAGUCGGCCGAUUGGCAAAAGAGUUAUAUGAAUGUCGACCUAAGGAACGGUGACUUUAGAUUUUUCAUCGAAGCCACUGUUUUGCCGGGAAAAUCGGGAACUUUGGCUAUUGAUAACAUCCGAUUUGAUUAUGCCAUUUGCUAACUGUCCAAAAACUGUUCAAACAAA